AUGUCACUAUCAAAUGUUAAUUUUAAAUUUAAUUUACAUGUCAAGUAUUUUUCUUGUUCAUUAGGCAUAUUACCUUAUCAUUUAUCAUCAUUAGAUGGAAGUCGUAUGACAAUAUUAUUCUACGGUUUAGCCGGUUUAGAAUUAUUAUCUAGUUUAGAUCAGAAAUUAACACCAAAUGAUAAAAAUGAAACAAUUAAAUGGAUUUAUCGUUUACAAUUAUCAUCAUCAUCUAUUGAGAAUGAAAUACCAUGUGGAUAUCGUGGUUCAUCUUGUUUUAUAACAUCAACUAGUGAUAAAAAUGAAUUAUGCUCAAAUCCCUAUGAUCACAUUCACAUAACAAUGACAUAUACCGCCCUUGUAUCACUACUUAUACUAGGAGAUGAUCUAUCAAGAGUUAAUAGACAAGCGAUUAUUUCGACAAUGAAAUAUUUACAAUUAGACAAUGGAAGCUUUGUAGCUUCAGUGUUAUCGUCUGAGAGCGAUUUACGCUUUAUUUAUUGUGCAUGCUGCAUAUCUUAUCUACUUGAUGAUUGGAGUGGAAUAAAUACAGAUACAUGUACCGAUUACAUUAAAAAUUGUUUGACUUAUGAAGGUGCAUUUGGUCAAGUACCCGGUGCUGAAGCUCAUGGUGGUUCGACAUUUUGUGCUAUUGCAUCGUUAUAUUUGAUGAAUCGUUUACAUGAUGUAGUACAUGACAAAAAACAGUCGCAGUUAGUGCAAUGGCUAUUAAAUCGACAAUCCGAAGGUUUCAAUGGUGGGAUAGCAAAACUAUUACCUAUUUCAAAAAAGAAUGCCGGUGGAUGUUUUUUGAGUGACUUUGAUGGGAACAGACAAGAGAGAGACAUUCGGUUUUCACCAUGCGACAGCUAA